AUGGGGGCACAGGCCGGCCCCGCCGCUCGCCGCGUCGGCUUCCGCCCAGCUGCCGGUCGAGCCUCGAACCCGAGGCCGGGGCCGGCAUGCCCUUCCCGGACCUGGUCCUGGCAGAUGUCGAGCCUGAGCUGGCUCUGGAUCAGCCCGCGGCGGGCGGCAGCGCGGGGUGGCCCAGCACGGUGGCCGACACACCACCCCUUGAGACUCCUGCCGGGGUGGACGGGACCGAGGCGCCCAGGACCCCCCCGCCCCGCUUCCAGCUGCCCCCCCGCCUGCUGGAGGUGCUGGCCUUUGCCGGCCCCGGUCUGGGCAUGGUGCUGGCCGACCCCCUCAUGUCCCUCAUCGACACCGCCUGCGUGGGCCACGUCUCCUCCGCCCAGCUGGCGGCCAUGGGUCCCAACGCCGCCAUCUUCAACGCCGUCUUCUCCAUCUUCUCCUUCCUGGGGGGUGGCCACCACCAACGCCGUGGCGGCAGACUCCAUCCUCGACCCGGCCCUGAGCGAGCGCGAGCGCGAGGCGGCGAGGGCACGGGUGGAGCGCCUGGUGGGGACUACCAUGGCCCUGGCCGUCGCAUUUGGCUUCCUGGCGCUGGGCGCGCUGUGGACGCAGGGCCAGCCCAUCCUGGCCAGGAUGGGGGCUGACGCGGAGGUCCUGCCCCACGCCCUUGCCUACCUGCGGCUCAGGGCGCUGGCGGCCCCAGCCGUCAUGCUCGGCAACGUGGCCAUGGGCGUGUGCCUUGGCCAGCAGGACACCAUGACGCCCUUUCUUGUGUUCAUGGGGGCAGGGCUGCUGAACCUGGGAGGCGAUAUCCUGCUCAUCUUCGGGUUUGGCAUGGGAGUCGCCGGGGCGGCGGCCGCCACGGCGGCCUCCCAGGUGCUCAGCACAGCAAUCUUCAUGCUGUACCUGUGGCACAGGGGCCAGACCGACAGCCGCCGCCUGAAAAUCCGGUGGACGGGAUGGCCAGAGGCCGCGGCUCUGCGCCAGUUCCAAAAGGUGGCUGUCACCAUGAUCACGCGUACCGCCUUUGGCAUGGCAGCGUACUUCAGCAUGGCCGUCAGCGCCACCGGCCUCGGCGUGACCGGGCUGGCUGCGCACCAGGUCUCCAUGCAGAUCUUCUGGUUCCUGUCCUACGUCCCCGAGACCCUGUCCCUGGCGGCCCAGAGCAUGAUCGCUCGGGACCGGCGCAUCCCCCGCGCCGGUCAGGCCUGGUCCCGCCUGCUGCUGGGCUGCGGCGCCGCACUGGGCGUGACCCUGGCCCUGGCCCUGGUGGCCGUCUUCAAGCGCGGCCUGGCCCUCUUCACCACCGACCUCGCGGUCAUCGCCCAGGUGGGCGCCAUCUGGCCCAUGGCAGCGGCCGCCCUGGCGCUCUGCUCCUGCAUGAUGAUUAUGGAUGGGAUCAGCGUGGGCUCAAACGUGCUGGACCACCUGCCCAUCUCCAACGUUGUGGGCCUGGCAGUGACGCUGGGCGUGCUGCGCACGCUGCCCGGCACGCUGACGUCUGUGUGGUGGUCCCUCCUCGCUUUCUAUGCGACGCGGUCCCUCGGCCACGCCAUCUACUACACCUGGCGCCACCCACGCACCGCGUUUGGGGAGCAGGCUCUUUGCUGA